CUCCAGCGCAGCGCAUCGGUGCCGCUCGUUGUUUAUAGUCAAUAGAUUUUGCAGCAGGCAAAUGUAAUACAACUUAUUUUUUAAAAGGGCUAACCAUUCUUUAAGUUUAUUGUGAGAUUUGCAGACCACAAUAAGUCGCGGCAAUGCUCUCAGUCGGUUUGUUUACGGGUGCGUAAUUGAUUCGGACAUCCUGCAGCAGCUCACCGGUGCCCCACACAUUAUCACAUAGAAGACAAAACCAAGUCAUCAUGGAGGACAAACGCAAAAAACGCAGUCCAAAGGUGUCUCUGCCUCAGCCUCCCCCCCCUCCCAUCAACCCUCGCAAACUCCCUGCGCUUCCUGCCAGCAAGAGUGCCACCUUUUCCCUAGGCCUGCCACAGCCUCCCUCACCCAAAAACAGAGGCAAAUACAAGAGGUCCAUCGGGGCUCCGGGGCAACCCAAGGACAUGCCUACUGCAGUCAUUGCUCCCCCAAAAAUCACAAGACCACACAAAGAAAAGCCCAAGGCCCCCCAGCCUGCAGGGCCCAGCAAGGUUGUCCAGUCAUCCCCCCUGCAGCACUCCUUUCUUACCGACGUAUCUGAUGUGAGAGAAAUGGAAGAAGGGCUCCUCAACCUCCUCAACGACUUCCACUCAGGCAAACUGCAGGCCUUUGGUAAAGUGUGUUCCUUUGAGCAGCUGGAGCAUGUGCGGGAGAUGCAGGAGAAGUUGGCCAGACUGCACUUCAGUUUGGACAGCCAUGUGGAGGAGCUGUCUGAGGACCAGAGGAAAGGAGCAUCUGAUCACAACCUGGAACACCUGCUGAGUAACCUGGAAGAACUAAGCACCUCGAUACAAAAGCUCAACUUGGCUGAGAACCAGGAUCUGCCCAAAACGUCUGCUCCCUGUUGAGUGAGGGGUAAAGGAUGGCAACUACUCACUUGGUCACAACAUACAACUUGCGCUGGUUGUCAUGGCAUUGAUCCCGCUGCCUUAGCAACAGGGUAAAAAGAUCUAUAGGUGAAGGGGCUAUUUUUCCACCUGCUCCAGGGAACUCCACUUGUGACAUUUAAGAAUAUUCAAUACAACAGAGCACAAAUAAUGAAGUAAGGAAACAUAACAUUGCUAAAUUAAGCAAUAUAUGCAAUUUAUUACAUAAGGAACUUGCUAUUCUUGGCUAUUAUUAAACACAAAAAUAUUAAAUUGUUUUGAUGCUUGACAUUUAGCUUUUGACUUAUUCACUGUGAAUUUGUCAAGCAUUUCCAUUUUAAGAAGGAUCAUUUAAGCAGAUAAUUUCCUAUAUAGGUUUUAUUUAUCUCUAUUUUGUGUAAAUGACUAUGGUACCGAUUUGUCAUUGCUGCCAUUUAGCUUUAGCGAUUUGUCACUAGAAGCACAAGCAGAAACAACCCAAAGCCUUAUUGUAUGAUAUGUAUGUUCAUUGGUAUCUCUUAGAAUGGUCUUGAGGGCUUCAUGACCAGAGUAGAAUAUUUUUUAAUGUAUUAUACAAAGUUGUUAAAUUAUUCAAGCAAAAUCUUUCUCUGUUUGCUUUCUGCUUUUAAUUACAUAACUUAUAUUGGUCUGUAAAUGUUAAGAAGACACAUGGGAAAUGAAUUACAGAAAUAAACAUUUUAUUUA